GUUUUGGCAAACAGGACUGCAGAACCCACUGUUUGGCAUGAAGGAUCUCAAGCUUUGGCUGCAUCGCAUUUCAAACUCUGCGGGCUCAGUGUGAACUGUGCUGAAGAGGUCCACAACUAUCAUUAUUUUGUGGAGAUUACGUGAACUUGAAAGAUGGAAAAGAGCACAUUCAGAUUGAUUUACUUAGUGAUGCUGGUUGUGCUUCUGGGUGUCUGUGCUUCAGGAGCAAAAACCAACAGGAAGACUGAAAAGUCUGAGUGGAACCAACAAGAGGAUCAAAUGCUUCUUCCUAAAAGAAAGACCCUUGGCCAUGAUGGAGAUGGCAGCCUUGAUCAAGAUGAUUUGCAUGUGGACAUGCAACAGGAGAAAAUGCCUGUAGAACAAAUUGAGGAUGAUGAUGGAGGUUCUAUGUACACACAUUCUGAGGAGUAUGAAGGAACUGUCUUAAGUGUAACACCUUACUCAGACCUGUCCAACUCAACCAUGACUAAUAGAGUAAAUGAUGCCACCACUGAUGGCACAAUUGCCAAGGACAAUGUCACCGAAUGGGGCAUCACAAGGAUCCACAACCCUCUGUUUCCAGUGACAGACAGCUCCUACAGUGCCUAUGGCAUUCUCUUCCUGGCCCUGGUGGUAUUUGCUAUAGGGAUUGUGGGUAAUUUAGCGGUUAUGUGCAUCGUGUGGAAUAACUACUUCAUGAGGAGCGCAUGGAACUACAUCCUGGCCAGCCUGGCUUUCUGGGACUUCCUGGUACUGUGCUUCUGUCUGCCUGUGGUGGUCUUUAACGAACUUACCAACAAACGGCUGCUGGGGGAUUUCUCAUGCAGGGUUGUGCCUUACAUGGAGGUGACAUCAUUGGGCGUUACUUCCUUCAGCCUUUGUGCUCUGGGUAUUGACCGUUUCCAUGCUGCCACCAGCUCCCUCCCAAAGGCCCGGCGAGUGGAGCGAUGCCAGUCUGUGCUGGCUAAACUGGCUGUGGUGUGGAUUGGCUCCAUGGUUCUAGCGUCCCCUGAGCUGCUUUUGUGGCAGCUGCACCAGACCAAGUCCCCUUCUCUGGGUGUCCAGGUGGACAGCUGCAUUAUGAGUCCAUACCCAAACCUCCCAGAGUCCAUCUACUCCUUGAUUAUCAACUACCAUGACGCUCGAAUGUGGUGGUACUUUGGCUGCUAUUUCUGCCUGCCUGUGGUCUUCACUUUGCUCUGCCAGAUGGCCACCUGCCACGUCUCCAGCGGUAGUGGAAGUUCUCCCAAGCGUCCCGAGGAACGUUCUCCUUCCAAAAAGCAGAAGCUCCAGCACGCUCAGCAGGUCGAACGGCAGCUCAACUGCACCGUCAUGGCGCUGGCCGUGGUUUAUGGCGUAUGUGCCCUGCCAGAGAAUGUGUGUAAUCUCACGCUGACUUAUGCCCCCAUACAAGUGUCUGAGGAUGUGAUGGCUCUCCUUGCCCUCAUAAAUCACUUCUUCCUGUUCUUUAAGUCUUCGGUGACGCCAGUACUGCUGCUGUGUCUGUGUAAGACCCUAGGCCAAGCAUUUAUGGACUGCUGCUGCUGCUGCUGUGAAGAAUGCCAGCCAAGCAACUCCUCUUCCUCCCAAAAUAUCGCUGAAGGCAAGCACAAGAGCACAAAUGAGACAUCCUCCUCCAUUUUCUUUGACAAAGCCAAGGACAGCACCACCAUCUUGUCAAUUGGCAGCUGAGUCAGCUGACCCUGCUCCUGAGCGAUGAGGUCAUGAGAUGACCUAGAACAGGGGUCUCAAACUCCAGUCCUGGAGGGCUGUUGUCCAGCACUGUUUGGUAAUUUCCCUGUCCAAGUACAGCUGAUUCAAAGUUAAUUACAAGGUUUAAUGGGCUGUUUGUGCAGGGACAUCAGCAAUCUGUUCUAGACACCGGCCCUCCGGUUACAAACCCCUGAUCCUAGAAUCAUUCCUCACAUCCACUUGCAUCACAUCUCCCAAGUAGUGGCCAUCUUGUUCUCCAGACUCUCUAACAUAUAUGGAAAUGCACUGAGCUCUUAGAUGGUGCUAGAAUUUUCCCAUUUGCUGCUUUGAUCUUUCUCUUACCAUAGCUAAGAUUUCAACAUGGGUAAAGCCAAUUUAUACAAUACAUACUGCACCAGCAUGUCAAUAAGAUACUGUAAUGCCACCUCAAGAUGCAUAGAUGGAUCUGUAAGUCAUUAACAUCUUCAUCAGCAGGAUAUCAGGUCAAGUCUCUGUAGAUUAGUAGUUCAUAUCAUUCAUUGAUGUACUAUUUGUCUGUUUGCUCUGAUACACUUGUGUACAAAGUUUGUGAAUUUUAUUAAUAGUUGAGAGGAUAUUGUACAUUUAGUGAUCAAAACUUCUUAGAAUGGAAGAGAUUCAAUCAGAUAAUAGGUCAUUUGUUCAGAUAGAAAUAUCUUGUGAGAUUUGGGGUUUUGUUUGUGCAACAGCUAGUGCUUGAAACUAAUUUUAACAAAUGCCAGAGUUUUGGCCAUAACCACUUUGCAAGCUUGCUCUUUAUUUUUAUCGACUAUUGUACAUGCACUGAAUUGUUUUAAUAGAAUGUAAAUAAACUGAGGAUUUGGAAGCAAAAACUGUUACAGAAUUCAGCAUUCAGUAUUUUAAAGACAUUUAUUUAAAUUAAGCCAUAUUUUCUUGAAGGCCUUUUGUACACACUGUGCAUGGCUGAUUUCAGGACUUGUCACUGAAACAAUUUAAUAAUUUAACUGUAAUGCAAUGAUUUUAUUAUUAAUUAGAAGUCUCAUACUUACUUUGGUCAAAUCAUUGUGUGUAAAUGAUUCUAAUUAAAGUGUAAUGUACAAAAUGUAAUCAAAGCCUGAAGGAUUGCACAACAAAA